ACAGCUGUUUAGCAAUAAUGACCUGGAAGCCGAGCGAACCCAACCGAAGACAACAAACUUAAAUGCAAACGAGCAUCAGCUUUAUUACUGAUCCACAACAAAAGAAUCUCCAUCGAGUACAAGGUGAACUGGUCACAGUCCAACGCUGCAGCCAGAUGUGAGGACUGUUUACCAGUCAUGAAGUUCCAAGUUUUUAAAAGGCCUAGCCUUCCAAAGUGGAGUUGGCUGUUACUAUUCUUCAUCGUCGCUACCCUGAUGAUAUACAUCAUGAACAUCCUGGAGUUUCAGAAUAAAGUGAAGACCAUCAUCGUAUUCUCGAGGCCCGUCACUCCAUCGACUGACACGCAUCACGACUUCUGCAGGUUAAAACCACUGCCCCCCGAGGAGGCUCAUGAAGAAGCUCUCCUGCUAAAGUUCAUCGCUUGGCCUGAAACUCCACCUGUACCAUCUCCUCUUUCCCUGAACACGACCAGUGAUCCAGCCCACAGCACCUUCACCAUUCUCCCACAGAGGGGAGGGGGCCAGUGGCAUGUAGGGGAUAAACUGGAGGUUUUGAUUAAAAUGAACGACUUUCGAGGCCAUCCAAAGAAGUCCGGAGGAGACGUUUUAUUUGUCCGGCUUCACAGCCCGACUCUUGAUGCAGGAGUAGCAGGGAAAGUGGUGGAUCAUCUCAAUGGCUCCUACUCUGCUGUAUUCUUUUUACCGUGGGAAGGAAGCGCAGAGGUCGAGGUGACACUGGUUCAUCCCGGUGAAGCAGUCACGGAGCUGCGCAGGUUGAACAGAGAAGAUCCCGACAGGAUUUUGUUCAAGAGUGUGUUCCAGUCAGGUUCAGUCACUGAAACCACCACCUGUAACGUAUGUUUGCGUCCGACCCAGCAGCCUGUGUGCAACUACACUGACCUCCGUACAGGUGAGCCCUGGUUCUGCUACAAGCCAGAAAAUCUGAGUUGUGAUGCCAGAAUGAACAACUUCAACGGAGGAAAUCAACCAAUCAUCACAACCACAAGGAAGCUUUUUCAGAGCGGUGUCAACCUGAAAGUCUCCAUUCCAGCUUCAGGACCUGCCAGUGUCACCAUUUUUCCAAAACAGGAAGGUCAGUCAGAUGCAAAUAGCAGCAGUGUGGACUCUGGACCCUCUGGCUAUUAUUACCGGGGUGUGUGGCAAGCACUAGGUGGCGCCACAGUUCAUCAGUUCAACACUUCCUCAGCCAUCACGCAGUGUCUGAAAGGCAAGAUGGUUCAUAUGUAUGGAGACUCCACCAUGAGGCAGUGGUUUGAGUACCUUAAUGCAACAAUGCCAGAUUUAAAGGAGUUUGACUUGCACAGUAAGAAACAAGCAGGACCUUUCAUGGCCCUGGACUACGCAAACAACAUCAUGGUGAUGUACCGCUGCCACGGUCCUCCUUUCCGGUCCACUGUAGUCCCAGCCAUCGAGCUGCAUUAUGUCGCCAACGAGUUAGACAAAAUUGCUGGAGGCAGCAGCACCGUUGUAGUUCUUGCCGUCUGGGCACACUUUGGCACUUUCCCCAUUGAGUUCUACAUCCGGCGGCUGUUGACCAUCCGCAGGGCGGUGGUGCGGCUGCUGGACAGGGCUCCAACCACACUAGUUGUUAUUCGGAAUGGAAACCCCAAAUCUUUAACAAGCUUCAUUCACUCAUCUACCAACAGUGACUGGUACUCGCUGCAGCAGGUCAAGGUGCUCAGGGCCAUGUUCAAAGGGCUGAAUGUCCAUCUGGUGGAUGCCUGGGAGAUGGUUUUGGCCCACCACCUGCCCCAAGAACUCCACCCACAACCUCCCAUUCUUAAGAACAUGAUUAAUGUUUUCUUGUCAUACAUAUGCCCUGAAAAAGGUAACUAGAUGUGUUUGUUUCAGCAGACUGUGUUUAAUCACAGUCGCCCUUUUAUUUAUUAAAUGAAGUUUUCCACUUCGUCACUUAACACAUCAAAGCUGACCCCUCAACGCACUCUCCGACCUACAGGACUGCUUUGCAUACACAGACUGGGACUUAUUCGAACACGAGGACCUAGAAACAUUCACAGGGACGGUACUGGACUACAUUAAGUUCUGUAUCGGAAAUG